AUGGCAGAUGAACCCAUCAAGAAAGAGAUCCACCCCUCUCAAAUCGCCGCAACCAAGGCGUCCUUUGACCGAGAUCGGCCAACAACGGAAGAUCUUCGACCAGGCGACUUUUUCGAUGAUCCAGACUACCUGGAGACGUUGCCCCAUGAGGCGAAAGCUCUGAUUUGCGCUGUACAACAGGCAGGAGAUCAUCCCGACCGACCUGGAUUGUGCCAUAUCCAAUCAGAGCUUGCACUUAUACGGUAUCAGCAGAGUCACAGCGAGGAAGAUCUCUCUAUGGCUCUUGCCCUCGAAGCCCUAUCCCUCCGCUACGUACCGGCCAAACAUCCUGGUCGAGGGAAGUCCAACCACCAUAUGGGCGACCUGCAUGUACGAAAAUGGAAGUCAGAAAAGAACCAUGUUAAUAUGGAUGAGGCUAUCAGACAUUACACCUUAGCGAUUGAAACUGCUCAGGAGAAGGAUGAGGUACUUUGUGAAUGGGCUUGCGAUCUUGCGGUGGUGCAACUGGAACGCUAUAAGAAGACGAAGCAUGAAAGCGAUAAAAAGAAAGCACAUCAGUAUUUUGAUCGGGCUAUUAAGCUUUCCGGACAGCUGCCAGUACAGGCACGACAUAUUUCUAACAAAGGCUACUUCCUAUACCUGGUCAUAUCCGGUAGUGACGCGGAGAAAGAAGUGCAAUUGACAGAGUCGAUCGCAGUCCAGCAAGAGGCAAUCGAAUUUUGCGAUAGUCAUCCGGAUCUUUCGUCCCCACCCCAACUUCCAUAUGGCAUGAUCUAUCGCAAUGCUGGCCUGGCCUACAUAGCACGGUUCUCCAUGAACAAAAAGAUUGAUGACGGCAAAAUGGGAUCGUCAUUACUCGAAAUGGCAUUGACUUACGAAAAGCCAGGCGACGAGCACUGGGAGGAUUUUACAAACGAGCUUGCCAAUAUUCAAAAGCUAAACGCACAAGCGUCGGGAGAUUCAGACGCGGAAGAAAAAGCUUGCGGUGUAUGGCGAAAAGCUAUUGAAAUCAAUCCGCAUGCAAUCACCCCCAGAAUCAAUCUAGCAAGGUUCCUUCAAGGAAGGGCGGGGAACUCAGUUGAUCGAAGCAUUGCGGAAGAGCUUCUGCAGCAGGCUAUCGGCCUCGCCGAGGACGCCGUCAAAGUAAUGCCACAGGGGCACCGAAAUAAGGGGCUGGCGUUUAGUUGUUGCGCUUCGGUGCAUUAUUCCUUAUAUGAUGUGCGAGGUGAGCUGACUGAUAUCGACGCAGCCAUAGAAUGUGCUCAGAAAGCUACAUGUGACGAGAUCGAUGUGAAUCUAUGGGAUCACUAUCGCCUGCUUGCUCAGGCUCUGAUUCUGAGGUACGAACGCCUCAACCGUGGGGAUGAUCUGCGAGAUGCCAGCGCCGCUGUCAUGAUGGGUCUUUCCAAAUGCCCAGCAGAAGAUAUGCAUAGCAAAAUCCAGUGCAUGUGGGUUGCUGCUAAGAUAAGUCGGGCAAAUUAUGACCAAACUCGACACUUGGAUGUACUCAAGAAAACUUGCUUUGCAUUUUCGGGGAUAAGCCUGCUUAUGCCGAAGGAUUCACCAUCAAGAGCAUUGCUCUUGAACGACCUGGGAAAUGCUUACACCGAACUGUUCUGUCAUGAGACAUUGCCUUCCCAACUCGAGAAUGCAAUUAAUGCGUACGAGGAAGCGUUGUCAGGCCUAAAAAAGCUCCAUGGGAAUGAACAACACCCUGAUAUUUUCAUGCUUAAUGCUGCUCUUGGAAAUGUCAUGACGCAACGAUUUCUCCACUGGAAAGCCGAAGCGGACAUUGAAUCUGCGAUCAAGUACUAUCGCAGGAGCCUCUUGCAGAUUAACAAAUACCACCCAAGGUAUUCUAUACGUGUGGGGAACCUAUGUUAUGCGCUACAGCUUCGCUUUGACGCCAAGAAAGAUCUAAAAGAUCUUAAAGAUGCGCAGAACAUCCUCCAUCUGGCACUAGAGGAGCCAGGGAAGCUAAGUGUUGAAACAAAGACGGGACUAGCCAUGCACUUGGGCAACAUCUAUCAAUUCACAUUCAAAGCCACCGGCGAGCGGGCUGACUUGGAGAACGCUAUUGAUCAGUACAACAUGUCUUUAAUGGUUGAAGGCGCUUCUUCCUCCUCCUCGACAUAUGGAAUAACAUUUCUCAACAAAGCUGUUGCCCUCCAACAAUUUGCUAUGAUGACUGGUGACCCUUCCGACUUUGAAGCCAGUGGGAAAGCGUUUCUAGAAGUGCAGAAACUAUUGAGUGAAGGUAAUCCAAAUUAUUGGAAGGCUGUGUUAAAUCACGCCAAUCUAAUAAAAGCCAGACAUGAGCGAAAGCUGGGAUCUGAUGUCAAAGAGGAUGCGUAUCAAGCGCUACAAAAAUACGAGUAUCUUGCACGCAAGGCCACAGUUCCGGCAUCGGUACGCAUCAGUGUAGCAUCGAUAGCAGCGAAUCUUGCUAUCGAUGAGCUAAAUGAUCCAGCGCGAGCCCGGGAUAACAUUCUUAUAAGUCUCAGGCUACUACCGGAAGCUAUCCUGAUGCAUGAGAGUCGAUUGAAGCAGUUGGAAUUUAUCAGAGAAUAUCAGCUCAUCCCAGGGUCUGUCGCUUCUUUGUCACUAAGUGCCGGAGACUCUCCAAAUGUCGUGAUCCACCGCCUUGAGGCUGGCCGUGCAUUCAUUUGGGACCGCAUCCAAGGCCGACCAACUCGACUUGAUGAUCUGGAAGUUGAGAAUCCGGAACUAGCUGGACGCUUCCGCAAAUUACAGCAGCGAGUAUUUCAUCAGAAUCGCCACGUUGACCGAUCCAAUAACAUUGAUCUGACAUCGAUCGCUCUGGACGAUGUCAACAGGAUGCACCGACAUCAUGAUACAGAUGCUUUUCGCGAGGUACUCGAGGAGAUCAGAGCACUUCCUGGAUUUAGCUCUUUUUUGAAGACCCCGGACACUCCUGCUGAUAUUCAAUCCUACGCUCAUGAUGCGCCAAUUGUCUUUAUCAACGUCACUGCUUACCGGAGCGAUGCUGUUGUGAUCACAAGGGAUGGCGUUCACCAUUUGCCUCUCCCCUCUAUUCAUAUAGAGCAAGUCAAGGCGUAUGUAUUGCGAUUUGCGGUAGCACUGCAUCAUCUCGGAAAUGAAAAUGACCAAGCCGAAGCACUAUCGGAGUACCAGGCAGUGAUGGGGUGGCUCUGGGAAGUAGCAGCAAAGCCAGUCUUAAGCUUCAUAGAUUGGGACAAAUACAUUCGAGGACCUAAUGGCAAGCCUCGGAUCAUAUGGGUCUCCGUAGGGUGGCUAAGCGUCCUGCCGAUCCAUGCUGCAGGGGACUUCGAAACUCCACCAUCAUCCAAUAGUAAGAAACCAACAUGCGUCCACGAUAUGGUUGUGUCUUCAUACACAAACUCUUUGAAGGCUCUGGAAUUUAUCAGACACAUCGCCGAGCAACGAAAAAACAGGCCGCAGUCAAGCACAAGUCCACAGGCCAUCGUUGCAGCCAUGGCGGCAACCCCUGGAUUCGGCCCAGAAGCCGACCUAAAUGUCGAGCCCGAGAUCAAUGCAAUCAAAAACAUUCUUUCGCCAUCAGUUGGUGUCGAAGUACUCAUGCAACCCAGUUCCUCCACAGUCAAGGCAAACAUCACACCAGAAACAGCUAUCCUACAUUUUGCCUGCCACGCUCGGGCUGAUGACAAAGAUCCAUCAAGAAGCGCCAUCAUGUUGCAGGAUAACCAGACCAAGCCUCCUCCACUAUCGGUGAGAACCCUUCUCAACCUCGACUUGAAAAGUUGUGAGCUUGUCUAUUUAUCUGCUUGCGAGUCAGGAGUAAGUAAAGUGCUGUCACUACGGGACGAGGGUAUUCAUAUUGCAGGUGCAUUCCACAUCGCUGGAGUAUCACAUGUCAUCUCUACGUUGUGGAAGGUAUCUGACACUGUUUCUGCCGGGCUUGCUGAAUUUUUCUAUGCUAAUUUGAUGGAGACUGGACGAGAUCGUUUAAAUUUGGAUAUGGCACCGUAUGCUCUUCAUGAGGCCAUUGGGCAGAUGAGACGAAGGGGUGUACAUCCUAUCUUUUGGGCAGCCUUCAUUCAUUCUGGGCCUUGA